CUAAACUGAUAAUAGCUUUAAUAGCAUGAUUAAAAUGUGUAAAUUAUUCAAACGAUUUUAGAAAUUUCUUUAAAAAAUAGCGAUGUAAGACUUCAAAAUUAAUUAAUAACUAGCUAGCAGCUAUACUUGUACAUACAAAGUUUUUAAAAAUACUAAAAUAAUAAUGUUUAAUAUUGUACAGUUAUAAUGUAUAUCUAUUAUAUUAAUUUUUAAUGAUCUAUCUGUUCAACAUGAAGUUAUUUUAUUUUAUUGUCUGUAAUUGUUUAUGUAUAUGCUGAAAUCGGCAAAAAUUAUACCACUAAUUAGUUUACAACUUAAAAUUUUUCAAAUUAGGGGUCUUUUUGUCAGUUUAAUUAUUUUAAUUUUUAAAAUAUGUUCACUUCAAUGUUUAAUUCACUGAGUUAUACUAUACCCAAAUGCACAAUGAUAGACAAAGUACCACAGGAAGAAAUAGAAAAUAAAAGAAACUAUGUUGAAAGUCUUUUGGAUGACCUCAUUUUAACUACAGAAGAUUAUGGUAUAGAGGGACAUUUUACAAAAAUAGAAAGCGAUACAUUAAAUGAUUACAUAUCAUCAGAUUCUAUAUCUGAUUCCUCUACAUUUUAUGACUAUAAUGAUACUGUUGAUAGUGUUGCUGAGCAUAAUAAAAAAUCUGCACUCAAUGAAAAUAUUUGUAGAAGUAAACUUCAAGAUCAUUUAAUGAAUGAUUUCAAUACAAAAAAAACAGUCAAAAUAAAUUCUUUGCAAUGUUUAUUUUCUUGGAAAUUAAAUAGAAAUACUGCACAUAAUAUAAUGAAGUGCAUUAUUGACAAAUAUGACAAUCAAACUCUAAAUUUGUCUAUACCUGAAUUUACUUUUGAAAAAUUUAUAGGUAAUAUCAUUAUUUGCUUUGAAUUAUUUCAAAAUAAUGAUUGUGAAAUGGCACAAAUAAAAAUGAUAGAGUUGUAUAAGUGGAUUGAAAUACAAGAUAACCGUGGUGAAGAAUUUUAUCUAUCAAUUCAAAUAGGAUUGAAACAUAUAGUACUUUCCACAUUUGCACAAAUAUUGAUUACAACAAAUUGUGUUAAAGAAUACCAAUGGCUAUUAGAUGAAAUCAUUCCAUUUGAAAAUAUUGAAUUUAAAUCAAAAGCAGCUAUUUAUGCUGUUCAUGCUGCAGUAUUGGUUGAAUAUGGGGAAAAAAUCUGUGAUUUUAAAAAAGCUAAAAAAUAUGCAAAAGAAGCUUGUAAUUUGGAUUCUACAAAUGCACAGUGGCAGUAUGUCUAUUCCCAAGUACUUGCUGCUCAUAGAUAUUUUUUGUUUAAGGACCAGUUAUUUUCCAAUCCAACCAAAAAUGAAAUCUGUUUGGUACAAAAUGCAGUUAUAUUAUCUAAAGAAAAUGAAGAAAAAAUUAAUUUUCAUAAAUUUACUUUAGAAUGGGAUAUUAUAAUUAAUAAUUUUUAUAGAACUGUAGAUAAAAAGUCAGCUGCUAAAAAUAAGGAGUUAAAUGAAAUUAUUUAUGAAGUUAUUCAAGCUAUUUGUAAAAAAGAAGUAAAUAAUUCUUAUUUCAUAAAUUGGUGCAAAAGGACAUUGAUGACUGUACCAAUUAUGGUUGAUAAUGUUAUCUUAGGGAAAAAAUUAUUGAAAAAUGCAUUAAAAAUGGCACCAAAUAAUUUAGUCUUGCUAAAUGCAGUUGAAAUUGCUACAGACUUUUUCAAUGAAAAUGAUAAAUUAAAUAAUUUUUUUAUGAAUAUUGCUCCAGAAAAAGAAAACUCACUAUCAAAUGAAUUACAAUUAAUUGUAGAUCAGCAUAACAUAGGUAAAGAUGCUAUUCCUUUACUGAUUAGUUUGUUAAAAAAUGUAGACGGUUUUGAUUUAUGGAUAAUAUUGGCUCAAAUUUGUUCUUAUAAUAUAAUAUAUAAAAAAAAUCUGAGAGUUGGUGUUGACAACUUUAUGAUGCUAAUUGAAAACAAACCAAUUGAUACAAAUGAUUUGAUUGUGCAUCACUAUUCUAUAUUUAUGUCCAAUAAAAAAAUCAAUUUAGCUGAGCUAAUAAAUAAUGAAAUAAGGUUAACAAUUAAGAACAAUUCUGUAACAUUUAAUGAUAUGCUGUAUUAUCUGAAAGUUCUGUCUAAAAUAUUGGAAGUAUUCAAAAUUAAAACUAUUGAUGUAGACCCUUUUAUGUGUUCAAAUUUAAUUUGUAAUACAUUUUACGAUUGGACAAGUAAUAUUAGUGAGUAUCAUAAAAAUGACAAUAUAUUUAAACAUGAUGUCGCAAAUCAAAAUGUUGAGAAAAAAUUGAAGAAACGCAAAAGUAGGAGUAAAAAGCAUAAAUACAUUGUAAAUGUUAGAACUAAGAUUGUAACAAAAAAACUGAAGUUAAACAAGAAUAAAAAACUAGACCACCCUUCAAAUUCUAAAAAUAUUGAUCUCAGAUUUGUUAAGAAGAAAUGUUCUCAUUUAAAUAAUAAGAAACAUUUUGUUGGUGUAACAAAAGUUAAUUUUAAGCGAUUAGUUAGUUUUAAUUAUAUUAAUAACUAUUUUUUGGUUAUGAAAAAUUGUUAUGUAGAUUUAAGUAUAUCAACUUAUCAGAAAAAUGAAACGUCUGCUGAAUUAUAUCGUAAUUUAGUUUUAGACCUUAUAAAAAAACUACCUGAAAAUACACAAAUUGUAUACACUGAUGCCUCUAAAACAUGUAAUGGUGUGGGUGUCUCUAUAGUACAUAAAAAAAAAACAUAUAAGUUGAAAAUUCCUGAAAAUUGUGACACAUAUACUGCGGAAGCUAUAGCAAUAAGGUUAGCAAUAGGUUUGGCAAACAAAUUAAAUGGUAGUCAUUUUAUGAUUAUGUCAGAUGCUUUAAGUGUCUUAUCUAGAAUUCAAGAUAAUUAUAAAAGUGAUCCUAUAAUUAAAGAUAUAUUAGUUGAGUCAAAAUUAAGUACCAAAAAGAUAGCAUUUGGAUGGAUUCCAGGGCAUUGUGGUAUUCCCGGUAAUGAAAAAGCUAAUAAAGCAGCUAAUGAAGCAACAAAGCUUUCUAGUAUUACUAGAAUAUCUUCAAUUAUUGAUGUUAAUAAAGUAAUAUCAUUAUUUCGAAAUUAAGAAAUUCAAUAUAAAAUCAAAGAAUGAAUAGAUAUUUUUUUUUUGACAAAAUCUAUAACGAUGAUUAAUGUAAUGAGUAUUGUCCGUGAAUUAUAGAUUUUUUAAUUAUAGAAUUUGAAUUAUUAUAUAAUAAAAUAAUUAUAUAAAAAUGAUUUUUUUUUUUAAUAUGGAAUAGUGUGAUAAAUUUAAAUCACCUUUUGAUCCUUUAAUAGGAUUUUCUGUGUAAAAAACUAAAAAAUCGAAAUAAUUAACUGAAUUAUAUAUUGUAAUAUGGAUGUUCUUCAAUUCUAAUAGAUUUUUGAAAUUAUAAUUAUAAAAUAUUUAGUUAUUAUUACUGAAAAAUAUUUUAGUUUCAUGAUACAUUUUAAGUGCAUACGAUUACUAGUUAAUAAAUAAGAACUGUACAAACUAAGAUUAUCAAGUUUAUGAAUCCAAUUGUUUUUCUUUUUAUAGUAUUUUUGUUACUGAAUAUUACAAUUUAUAGAACUGUUUUUAAAUCAUGUUUGUAAUUUAAUUUUAAUUUUUUACAAAUUUUUGUUUUAAUUGGUUAAUUGAUAUUAAAGGCUGAAACCAGUUGCAUUUGUUUAGUUUUUUAGAUGAAACCAAUUAUUAUUAAAAUAAAACCAUAUCCACAAACAAAUUGAACAGUUUCAGUCUAUAAUAUAUAUUGUUAUAUUAUAUUUAAUCUUUGUGACUUUGUUUUUAUUUUAAUAUACGAGGAAAUUAGUUAUUUAGAAGAUUAUUUAAAAUAACUUGAUACAAAAAGAAUGUUUAAUAAUUAUAUACAUUUUUUAAAAUUAAAAGUAAACAACAGUAUUGUAUUUAAUAGGUAUGUCAAAAGGGGGUUAUGACAUUCUAGUACAAGUACUAAAUAAAAUUAUGUUAUAUAACACUAUUAUAUUAUUGG